CAAGUCUCAUCUAGGGGGAGAUAAGGUCUUCAAAACCACCAUUUUCAUCUUCCAUUUUCGCACCAAGAGAAAGGGAGGAGGAGGAAGGAAAAAGAGAAAAAAAGGGGUGACUGAGAAGGAAAAGUCUAGGAUAACAAAGAACUUGUCUAAGGUGUUCAUAGUAUUUAUACGGAGUUGGAAUAACUCGCCGGAGUUUCGCCGGAGUUUCACAAAAGUCACCGGAGCUUCGUUGGAGUUCAACCAAGGAGGGUAUAACUCCAUAAGCUUCAUUUAAGGUUAAGGCUAGAGUCCUACUACCUGCACCUUUGCCUAGUGUGACUGAUCAAGAAGGAAGACGUGAAAUGGAGGGUGGACGCAGGAUCACUAGGAGAAACCCAACAGGGCGUGCACUGGGGCUACCGAGCACGCUACACGGGCUGAAUCACGGACCUCUAGGGGUAGAGGCUGAGUCCAAGGCCGAGGAGGAGGCCGAGGCAGGGGUCGUGGGCGUUCUACGACGCCGACGACAAGUAGUACUUGAGUCGGUUCUGUGCAUCCGUCUUGGACCACCGAACCGGACGAUUUCACUUAUGCUCCAAGCACGGAGCAAGAGGAGACCCCGUACAACGGGGAGGGCUUCGAAGAAGAAGAUGAGGAUGAUGAUCCUCAUUACGACCGUAUGAGCGAUGUACUAGAAUGGUACCUCGAGAACAAGGGAAAGAGAGAACAGCGGCGCCAAGCUAGACAGGCUAGGCAAGCCAUGGGACAGGGAAGCCGGGGAGCUUCUAGUGCUCCAGCAGGGGCAUUCGGAGGAGACACGAUGGUACGUAUCUACAAGUACCUCAAGGAGGCUAGGGCCUUGGGGUGCAAAUCGUUUGAUGGCAAGGGCGACAUAUCUGAGGCCGCCGACUGGAUUAAGAAGCUGAAUGAUGCUUCUAGGGAUAUGCAGAUUGGACUUGACAUGAAGUUGAGGGUUGCCACCAGGCUACUAGACGGGGUAGCUGCUGUAUGGUGGGAAGGCGUGGAAGGAAUGUUCCGCGUCGAAGCCACUUGGGAGAAUUUCGAAGUGGAAUUCUAUGAUGAGUACUGCUAUGAAUUUGAAAUAAACCUCAAAAGAAGAGAGUACACGAAUUUGAAACAGGAGGAUGAUUGCUCAGUGAGGCAAUUGGAACAGAGGUUCCGAGAUUUGGCACGAUUCAUACUAGAAUACUCUUUGGAUGAAAAUCGUAUGACCAAUCAUUUUUGGGAUGCCCUAGAGUUGGACAUACGUGAUCGGGCUACUUAUCAUCAUCACAUGACUUUUAGCCAAAUUGUGGAUCAAGAACUCCUUGGGGAAACCCAAUGGAACGAAAGAAAGACGAGAGAUGCUGAGGAGGCAAACAAGUGGAGAUGGGGUAACUCUAGACCCCAAGACCAUUCCUGGAAGCAUCACGUCGGGGGUGGAAGUUCAAUUUUCUCAAAAUAUUUUCUUUUUUUUUGAGAAAAAAUAAUAAUUUCAACAGUUGGAGAAAUUUCUCAAAAUACAUAAAUGACUUAUAAUAACC